CUAAGUGUUCUUUAUGCUGCACUCAUCUUAUCAUCCAUGUUCCUCCCUCCAAUCCUCAUCAAGAAGCUGGGCUGCAAGUGGACCAUGGCAGGUUCUAUGUGCUGCUACAUAGCAUUCUCCUUAGGGAACUUCUAUGCAAGCUGGUACACACUAAUCCCUACCUCUGUGAUCCUGGGCUUAGGAGGAGCACCACUCUGGUCAGCUAAAUGCACUUACCUCACCAUUGCUGGCACUUCAUAUGCUGAGAAAGCAGGAAAAAGUGCAAAAGACAUUAUCAACCAAUAUUUUGGUGUCUUUUUUCUGGUAUUUCAAUCCUCCGGCAUCUGGGGAAAUCUUAUCUCAUCCUUGAUAUUUAGCCAAUCUUCCAACAAAGUGGAAAUCACAGAAGAAGAACUGGCAUGCUGUGGAGCAUACAACUGCCUGACUAAUGCUACUAAUAGCACGGGCUCAACAAGACCCUCCAACUCCUUAAUCUACACUCUGCUAGGAGUCUACACUG